ACCAUUCUUAUUCUUCUGCUUCUGAUUUGUGUGCAGAAUUUUAGUUUUGAAUUCAAUCGAUCAAAAUGGCUAAGUGUUCAUUCGAAUGGUGGCAUGCACCCAUCGUCUUCUCCAUCUCUGUAGUUUUAGCCUUCUUCGCCAUUUCCACGGCUCUCCACUCAUCUACUUCCCACACUGCAACUCCACCCAACAAAUCCAUGGCCGAUGAACUUUCUUUAAACGCAUCAAGGGCCUUAAGAAGAGCCGGUUUCAACACCAUUGCCACACUCCUUCAAGUAUCCCCUGAACAUUUCUUCUUCCCUCAAAACUCCACCAUUUUCGCCAUUAAAGAUUCCGCCAUCUCCAAUACCUCCCUCCCUCCAUGGCUCCUCAAGAAUCUUGUCAAAUACCACACUUCCCCGUUCAAGCUUUCCAUGACUGACCUGUUAAAGAAGCCUCAAGGGGCCUGUCUCCCGACCCUUUUGAUGCCAAAGAAAAUUGCUAUCACUAGAAUGGAUUCCACUGCUAGAUUGGUUGAGAUCAAUCAUGUUCUUGUCACUGACCCUGAUAUUUUUCUUGGUGGGAAUGUUUCCAUUCAUGGUGUUCUUGGCCCAUUUUCUCCUUUGGAUCCUCUUGAUGUGCGUCAGGGAUGGAGCUUAAUUCAAUCGCCGUACUGUGAUUCGAAUGGUACCAUAAUUUCAGAUCCUUUUGAACCCAAUAAUGGGGUUGUUGGAGUUGGAGUUGAAGUUGAAUGGAGAAGAAUCAUAAGAUGGCUUAGUGCAAAUGGGUUUGUUUCUUAUGCAAUCGGAUUACAAACCGUUCUUGAAGGGCUUCUUCAAGAUUUCGGAGGAUUGAGAUCGAUUACUGUCUUUGCGCCGCCGAAUUUAGUCUCUGUUACAUCUCCAUCGCCUGUUCUGAAUCGAGCUGUGAGGCUUCAUAUUGUUCCUCAAAUGGUUACAUACAAAUCCCUCGCUUCGUUGCCGGCCAGAACUUCGCUCAAGACGCUCGUCUCCGGCCAAGAUAUCGAGAUCCUCGGAGGAGUUCGUGUUCCAAGAGGAACGGUGGUAGUUAACGGCGUGGAGAUUGUCUCACCGGAGAUUUUCCGAUCAGAGAACUGUGUAAUCCAUGGGAUUUCCCGGUCGCUUGAGAUCGCCGGUUUACCUCAUUCAUCUAGAUGAGAUCGCUUCAAUUAGUGGAAAUUCAAUCCAUCCAUAGAACUAAAACAUCUGUUCUGA